UAUUGAUGACAAAAUGGCGGACCUUCCCUCACGCGAACUAUGUUUUGCUCUUUUGCUUACUUUUUUGGCGAGGAGUUUUUGCUUCAAACCGGUGAUCAUCGUCCAUGGAAUACUUGAUCACGCUUCAGACAUGAAAGAUCUUGCUUCGUUUAUAACGCAAGCCCAUCCCGGCACCAACAUCACGUUGAUAAAAUUGUUUGAGGAAUUAGACAGCUUCAAACCCAUGUGGAUGCAGGUCUCAGCAAUUUCUGAAAAAGUACGAGAAGUGAUGCAGGAGGCUAAAGAAGGAGUUCAUAUUAUAGGCUUCUCUCAAGGUAAUGGCCUAUUCUUAAACUGUUCAUUUGAAUCCAUGUCAACUCAAGUGGUGACCCUAUUCAAAGAUAACACCUUAUCAAGUACAAUGCUAGGUAUCAAAUGAAUCUUGUUACAAUUGUUUAGAACACCUCUUAUCCGUUUAAAAGACAUGUUAGGGAAUUUAACGGCACUAACGUACUCAAAGGAUACGCGCACAGAAUACUAAUUAAUUCAUUCAACGUGCAAAAAAUUUUGAUCGCUUAGCAUGGACUUUCAUCGUAACGGAAGUUUUACACAUAUGUUAAGUGAUCACGCGUUGUUGAUCAUUUUUUCCUCAGCAACUUUUGAUCUCCAUUGAAAGUAUUUUUUUAAUUGUAGUUUUAAUAGCCUAAUUUUGAGGUAAUUUGAAUUUAUUGUCGCUGUCAUGAUUUCGACCAUGUUUAUUUCCCCGUGACAAUCAUACGAUACCAUGGUGUUACGUGACGAAAGUGUAAAUGGCAGAAACGCCUUUUUAGGGUGGGGGUUGGGUAUAAGGGCUUGAAGAAAGAUGGUUUGAGAGAAUAAUUCUGUAAAAGCUGUUUAUUUUGAAAAUACUUUGUACUUAUUUGUUUUAACAACAGGUGGAUUGACUGUGCGUGCAAUCUUGGAGACCAUGGAUGACCAUAACGCUGAGAGUUUUAUUUCCCUGUCCGGUCCCCAGAUGGGACAAUAUGGAGGUAACAGCUAGGAAAGCAUUUUGUUAGGACCUGAAAAAAAGAACAGAAACAUGAGAAAAAUAAUCAAAUAAUUAUGAUGUUUCUUUGUCUAUAGCCCCCAUCUUAAGAUCUAAGGUUUCAGACAUGAGUCAGACACAAACAGUGGAAUUUCAUCCCUACUUGGCAAAAUACUAAGUUACCUGAGCCUCUUGACCCUUUUUGCAUCCUAUCGUCAGUAUGCAUAUUCUCCAUACUGUUCUCUAUACAUUUAUUAAGGUGCUGAGAAGGAGAAUUUGUUUAACAAUUGUGAGUUUCUUUCAAUGAUGAUCAUUUCCUUAAGGGAUAUUGUGAGGAGAAAUUAAGGUAGAUGCUAGUCACUCUAUGGGGUGAACAAGUGAAAGACAGCUGGUCUUUAUAUGCCUUUCUUGUAGUAAUAAGAGUGACAAUGGAGUUCAUUUGUGAACAGGUUUUACUGUUCAUUGCUUAUUUUUAAAUUUGUGUGCACAAAUGUAUAUAAAAUCUAGCUUGCCUUGUUAGAUUUGGAUUUAAAGAUGGAUGUGCCUGGUGCACAGGCAAUAAAGAAAAGUUGCUUCCCUAAUGCCUUGUACUGAUCUAUUUACAUCAUUUUAUGCAGACACUGACUAUCUGAAGCCUUACAUUCCAAAACUUGCAAGAAAGGAUCUUUACUUGUAAGUCUACAUAACAAUUAUUCCAUUAUUAUUAGUUGGAUAUGAGAUGAUAGAUGGCGAACAGAGUCCACAAGGUCCAAGUUAUAUAUAAUCAUCAAAUAUCAAACAAGCCCAAGUGGAAUAAUUCUUUUGUGAAAAAUUCCCCAAAAUAUAGAGAAAUCUUCCCAACUUUAUUUGGAAGAACAAACAGAAAGUUAAAAUUUGCAAAAACACUUUCACUUUAACUCGUCUUCAUGCCUGCUUAUGAUAUAAUGGCAUAUAUUCCAGAAUGGCUAAGCCAAUGAAAACUCUUGAAUUGCAUUGCAAUGAUCCAGUUUUUAAUAAAAAGUAAUAUGUUUUAUUGUAUCAAUUUGUACUUGCAUGUUACAAAGUUAGAAUGGAAAGACCUGUCUACACAAAAAAAAAGAUGGUUGAUAAAGUUGGUUUUUGCUUUCCAUAUUUCUUUCAGACUCUUUUACACCAAAUAUUUUCAAGAUAAAAUUUCUUUAGCAAACUACUGGAAUGGUAAGAAAAUUUACCUUAAGCAAAUUAAAGAAAAACCUUCCUGAAUAUAUUUUAUUUAUUACCACUACAUCCAGGAGCAUUUUGAGGGCAUUUUCAGCAGGACAGACCCAUAAGAGAGAAAAAUGAAAUAUUUUCAUGGUUUUCCUAUAUGCAAGCUAUGUUUGUUUAUCUCACAUGUGCAUGACCUAAAAUGGUAGUUUUUUUUCUAACUAGAUCCAUACCAUGAAGACAAGAACUAUGAGUAUAAUGUAUUUUUGCCAGUAGUAAACAACCUCAAUUCAUCAAAGUUUUUCAAUGCAUCAGGUAUGGCCAAAAAUUGGUUUGUGUUAUUAAUUAUGAUUUGGGUCUUAGUUUCAUACUUUACAAAACACUGUAAACAUUUUUCAAAUAAUGAUGAUUUGAAAUAUGUAGUAUCCACUUCAUUUUGCAUCUCCUUUUCAUCUAAGGCUUAACAUAAUCCUUCUUUUUCAGUUUAGGACAACCAUUGACCAUUCCUUUCUAUGCCUUUUAUAUCCUAACAUCAAUAUGUAUAUUCUCUAUACUGUUCUCUAUACAUUUCCUUAGAUGUUGUCAAGGAGAAUUUUUUUACAAUCAAGAGCUCCUUGAGUUUGUGAUCAUUUCCUUUAUUCUCAUGACCUUAAUGUUUGGUUUUGGGGUGACACUUUUAAGAGAAUUAAAUGUCUGGCACUCUUGGGGUUACAGGGUUAAUGUUCCUCAUUUAUUGAUUAGUCACUGGACUCAGCUGAAAAAGAGUGACUAUUAGCCACUUGAAUUGCUUUCUCUAGGCCCAUUCCUGAAGGGAGCAACAGCUUAGUUCCCUUAUUUGGCUAAAAAAAAAAGGUAACAUCUCUAUUAAACCCUUUUUUAGCCAAUUUUCUCAACAGGGGACAAGAUAUCUUAGAUAGUGUUUCUAAAUUCUGUUACAGUUGGUGCACAAUUCAAAGAGAAUUUCCUUCGAAUCAAGAACCUGAUUUUGGUUGGAGGUCCAGAUGAUGGUGUCAUUACACCAUGGCAGUCAAGGUAAUAACUUAAAACAACUACUUUUUCAAAGAGUCUUACAAACUUAAGGCCAAAAUUUCUGGAUAUAUAAUGCAGCAUAUUACUUAAAAUCAAAUACGCUUUUAAAUAAAAAAUUUAUCAGGUCAUUUUUAACUUGAUCCACAAUAAUGGCAAAAGAUAUUGCUACACUUAAUUUUAGUUCUUAUCAGUUGCAUUGGAAAUGUUUUAGCAUGCAGCAGAUACAUAUAUCCUGAAUUUUUCUACUUUCUUUAUUACUGUAGCCAAUUUGGUUUUUAUGACACAAGUCUAACAGUUGUGGAUAUGAAAAAUCAACAGGUCAGUAUUUAAUAUUCAGGGAGGGGAGGGUGACCUAAAAGCUGCUCUUGGUACUGAUCCAAUUUUUUUUUUAAGUUUUGGGGCCAUAUAUGACUAUGCCCCUAAACCUGAAAAAUGCUGUUACAAUUAAACCCUUCCUAAAUAGCUUUGCAGGAAUGUACCUGAUUUUUCUGCCAUAUGAACAGCUUUUUAGUCUGCACAUGAUAGAAAUUACUGAUUAUUAAGAAUUAUGAUUACAUUGAUAUUAUGUUAAAGGAAAAAAAUCAUAAUUUAAAUCCAUGCAUAACUCUCCGCAUCUGAAUUUAUAAUGAAUGGACUAGUCCACUGCAGAGUAUAGGUGGGGGCCAAGACCCCCCUUUUUAUUAAAUUGGAGAUGCAUCCAACCAGCAUUAUAUAGAUGCUGGUCUCAAACAAGAUGUGUGGCAUUUGGAAGUAAUGUAUGUAUUGUAUUACAGUGUACAUGCUUCUUAAUAUUAAACUUAUAAUAAAGUUCCUAUUUUAAGUUGUAUUAAUAGAAAUCACCUUACAUCCUUAUGAUUUCCUAGUUAAUUCAUUCAUUCUCACCUACACAAAAUUUUGAAAGAACAUAAACCAAUCACAGAUCUGGGCUUUUUGAUUUGUGAGUUUCACUCUCUUCCAGACUUUUGAAGAUUAUUCUUUGGGCACAACAACAGCACAGGGAAGAGUUUAAAUAUCAAUAACCAGUGAAAUGAAGAAAUUUGAAUCAAUGAAUUAAGUUAACUAAUUCUUUAUCAACAAACUAUAAUAACCAGAUUCAGAAGAUCAUGUAAAGAAUUGACUUAAAAUUCUUUUCUAGGUUUACCUUGAAGACACCUUUGGCUUACGCACGCUAGAUGAGAGAGGGUCAGUUCAUCAAUACACCUUUCCUGGGGUAAAUCACACACAUUGGCAUGGAACAGAGAAAGUCUUUGUGGAAGCUAUUGAACCGUGGUUAACUUGAUGUUAAAGCCUUACUAAAUUAGGUUCAACAUAGAGCAAUUUUACAGUUGGAUUAAUGAUUACUACUGGUAGCAUUAGGCUCUGCAAUGGAAAUGCGAUAGAAAUGCUUUGGAUUCUUUUCAGUCAGAGUCCAAAAAUUUACUUCUAAAAGUUGACAUGAGGAAUUGUUAGGACUUGAAUCCUAAAGCUGCUUUCAUUGAUUUACGAGUAGUUUGCUAGAAUACAUUUUUUAAUACUCUUAGGCAUCAUAGUCAAAAAAUAGAGACUGAAGUGAAUAAUGGCAGCAAGGCAGGUUUUGCUCAACAGAGUUCUCCCUGAAAAAGGAACAGAAAUAUGAGACUGAAGUUCAUGCAGUUACAUUUUAGACUUUUAAAAGAUGUUUCAUAUUCACUUUCACAAAUAACUAAAGAAUUAUAAGAAAUAAUUAGAGAAAUAUUUCAAAAUUGCAAUUCUAUUUUUUAAAAAAUUCAGUACGUAGGAAAAAAUGCAAUGACCAAUCAGCUAUUUUGGAUCUUGUGCAUUAGUUUUAUGAAGUGGAUAUGCACAAUAAUUUGAAUUAUUUCUAUGAAUUAUUUGGUACUUGUAAGUGAAGAUGUUUUACUGGCUUGUAUUUUUUUAGAUAAACAAAGAUGUUGAGCAAUCUUUCAAAAGUUUUAAAUUUUUACGUUAAUUUAGCAAAAUUAAAUUUUAGACCUUGAAGUUAGACUUUGUGGCCAGUUGAGUAUAUCUAGUUAUGUUGUGUUUCCAUGAGGCAUAGUUGCUAUUUAAUUCUUUUUUGGCUCUUAUUGAAUUGCUGAUGCACCAUGGCAAAGUCAUGUUUCAAGAUACAUGGCCUUUGAGGCACAGUUGCAGUUAUGCGCUAAAACGGAAAAUCUUUGUGUUCAAUUUGCCAUUAAUUAUGCAAUUAUAAAAGAUUGACAAUUUCCAAUAAUUGAUUUUGUUUGAUAAGUCAACUCCAACAACAGGAGUGUAUUCUAUUCUUUUUAAUUGGCACAUGAAGUAUGCUACAUUGAUUUCAUAGCCUGAAUUUUAAUUUUUAGGAUUUCACUUUUGGAAAUAAAUAAACAGGAUUGCUCACUUCAUAUAG